UGUUGCUGGCUUGUGGCUAGCUGCCCUAUUUUACAGAAGCUUCAUAAGCUGCAGCGACUGGCUCUUUUCAAACGUUGUGUAUGUUAUAUUUCAAAUGUUCCCGUCAAAAAAUGUGAAAACCUUCUUUUAGGGGUUAUUAACGAGGUUAGUAGGUUGCAGUCAUGGGCCCAGAUACUGAAUCCGUCCCUAAGGCAUCCUCUUCAGAGGACAGUCCUGGAGAAAUUGUUAUCAAGGUAAACACAGACUCUGACUCCAAUGAUGCUUUAUCUCCCACUGAGCUUGAGAUCUCCAAACUGCCAGAGAGCAUCAUAGGAGACAAGUGUUACCCCUGCGCCGUCUGCGGUAAGGUAUUUGACAGACCCUCUAAGCUAGAGCGUCACAAACCUGUACAUACAAGGAAGCCUAAGACUCUUUAUCAGUGUGAGCACUGUGAGAAGAGUUUCACCCAAGAAGAGAAGCUGGUCCGACACCAGAGUUGCCACAAUAAGACUAACAAGCACCCCUGCCCUGACUGUGGAAAAGUGUUUAAUAGGCCUUCAAAGUUGGAGAGACAUAGGCCCACGCACUCCAAGAAACCCAAGGUGCCUCAUCAGUGUUCGUACUGCAUUAAGACUUUUAGUAAACUCAACAAACUUGUCCGUCAUGAGCGAAUGCACACCGGAGAGAAGCCUUUCACUUGCACAGUCUGUGGAAAAGGAUUCUCAGAGUCAGGGCACUGCAAAGCGCAUGAGAAGACGCACGAGGAGCAGCCAGAAAAACCUCACUGCUGUGCCGACUGUGGGAUGUGCUUCUUCAAGGCGUCAGAGCUCCGCCGCCACUUCCGCUCUCACACAGGAGAGAAACCAUUCAGAUGCAGCAUGUGUGAGAGUUGCUUCUCCCGCUCUGAGGGACUUAAGAGACACAUGAGGAGCCACACAGGAGAAAGACCGUACAAGUGUAUAAUAUGCGCGAAGGGAUUUUAUUCUCGCCAUGAUUUAAAUGUUCAUGGACUGACCCACUCAGGAGAGAAGCCACAUCUUUGUCCUGUGUGUGGGAAAGGCUUCUCACAGUUGGGCAAUAUGAAAGAACAUGAACAAAAUGUUCACAUUAAGUCUGAGAAGUAUAUUUGCAAUGACUGUGGGGCGACGUUCACGCGGUACAAGUCUCUGACAAAACAUCAGCGGACGCAUACAGGAGAAAGACCCUAUCUGUGCCUUACAUGUGGCCGCAGGUUUUCAUGGAGUCAUUCUCUGAGCAGGCACCGCAGGUCACAUGCGCACAGGCAGAUGUCUAUGGUCAUAGCCAAAGACAUAUCAAGUUUUGUAGAACCCUCAGAGAAUCAAAGCAGCUGUUAAAGAAGUGAAAUCCUCAUCAAGUUGGAUUUUUCCUGUAGCUGGGGUCAAGUUAAAUGUACCAAUGUGUAUUACAUUAAAGUUGUGUUGAAGCUUUGUCACAAUUUGCUCUGCUGCUUGUUUUGUUUGUCCAGAACAUUUCAAUUAGAAAUUCUGAGCAGACCCCUGGUAAGCCUUGAUUAACACCUUAAGCAUUUAUGUCACUAUUAAAUAAUUAAGGGCCAAAAUGUGGCAUUUGGAAGAGAUUCCAAUCUGUUAUCAACCAAACAUACUGUCAAAACCAAAGUAGAGUUGACCCACAAGACUCUUGGCAAGCAACCAAAUUUUGAUGUAUUGACCCAGCCUCUGCAGCUCUAAUGUUUACACACUUAGUAUUGACUUUUCUGCAUUACAAUAUAUUUUGAAUAAACAUGAUGUAGUCUGCUACAUCACCCUAAAAGUACAAGAGAAACAUAAAGAAGCACAAGUUUUGUGCAAGGCUUGGUCCUCAGCUGCUCAUUGAUUUUCUUAUAGCAGUUUUUAAGACAACUUACCUUGUCAACAUUUUGUCAGCAAUUUGCCCAUCACUAUAGUGAAAUGGCAAAAAUAGGCAAUAUUUGAUGCUUUUAUAUUUUGUUCUUUAUAUAUUUCUUGUUUAAAUAAGAGCAGGAAUGUCAGAAAUUUUGCCUGUUGGUGCAAGUUUGAAGCUCCUGUGAGGCAAUUCCCGUUUGUAUUAUUUUUGACAACACCUGCGGACAAAGCAGUGCCUCUAAAUAUUUGCAGAUUGUUUUUGCUACGUUUACUAAGUUGUGUUUUUAAACAGUAUGAUUCAUCCUGCUCUCUUUAGACAGCCACAUUAUCACUUACAGUGAAUAUUUACUAUAAAAUAUUCUGUUUUCAAUAGCAUGUAUUUUUCACUUCAUCUGACACUGACCUCACCACAGCAGCAUUCGACAUUAAUAGUAUUACCUAUAUAGAAAUAAUCAGUUUUGUUGCUAAUGAUGUUAUUUGCUUUUGUAGGUCAUAUAAAGGUAUGAGUAUUAUUUCAGUUUAUUUCUCACAGGAGCUUUAAUUUUCAGCUGUGGCUUUUGGUGUACAGUGUAAGAGCGCUGUUAAUUCUUUGUUUAGAAUUGUGUUUAUACUUUUCAGAUUUUAAAUAUUUCAUUUUCACAUUAUAUCCAAAUAAGGAAUAACAGUAUUCUGUGUAGUGAUGUUGCUACUGUUUUCUUUUUAUUACUUUAUACAAAUAUGGGGAGCCACUUUGUGUCACUUAAACAAACAUGGGGGCCUUUCAUCAAUAAAUAGAUAGAUUACGUAUUUGUGUAGCAAACUGCAUGGUAUCAACUCACCUGGUAAGCUUUAAAGUAUGUAAUCGAGGAAAGUGCUUACAUGUAGUUUUGGUUGUACUGAUAUAAAUAUUUGAAUUGAGUUGAACAUUAAGCUUCAAACUGAUGGCCUGACCUGUGUGUGUGUUUUUUUAAUACAGCCACCAAUAAACUGUAUUCUUGAA